UAUAAUGAAGACCACGGUAGAUUUUCCCUCAUUAGAAGCAAGAUGUCUACCGAGCACCAAUUCUGUGUACACUUCUUCUCGAUUUUCUUCACAUUUGCUCUCAUUUACCAAGAAAUUGAGGGUAUGAACGAUAGCGAAAUUGAUGUUUUUAUUGUGUGUUUCAUACAUACAUGCUCGUAAAAUUUUGAUUUAGUGCUGAAGAACUGUAAGUUACAAGAAACGCUUUGAUUUCACGAAGGAAGAAGCAUUGUUCACAAGUAGUUACUUUUUAAUUAACCCAGUAUCUUUAUGGUCAAAACAUGACGAAUAGUCGUACAGUGACACUUAAUAGUUUGUUCUUAUUUCCACCACAGGACUCAGCUUCAAAGCAGGAAAAUUCAAUGUGACCACAACUUUGAGUCUGUUUGCCUGUAAGAAUGUUUCUUUUGAGGAGCCUUUUCACGGUGGACAAGAAAUUAAAAUCUUCAUUUCUAAAAGCCAUGCAACGGAAGGUUCUACUCGAGCUCGUGGAAAUGGUGCAGCAAUUUGGGUGGAAUCUGUGAAUAACAAGGCAUUUACUGUCUGUGUUUUGGAGUACGGAGAUGGCUCAAGUAGCGCUUCGCAAGUGAACUGGAUGGCGCUGCAAUCUGUACCUGCUGGCGCUCAACUAGGCACAGCUUCUUUAAACGCCUGGACUACUGGAACAAAGUGUAAAAGAAUCGCUUUUGAAAAGGUUCGAUUAGUUCAGUUUUUGAUAUUUUUUUUUGUAAUUUUAUUUCGUUUGUCUCCUUCAGCCUUUCACUUUAUACUCGUUAUUUCAUGUCUAUUCAUAAAAAGUGCUAGAGUCAUGCCCAAGUUUGAUAACGUUGUUGUUGUUGCUAGGCAGGUGCUGUGACGUGUUUUCUUAGUAUUACCUGUUAUGUCAUCUUACAUUUUUCCGUGUUUGUCAUAUUUCUUGAAGAGAUGAAAAGUUUGAUUGAUAGACUGGGAUAAGCUCAACAGAAUAGUGUUAUGUUUAUCAGUUACCGUGACGUCAUUAAUGUGGCGGCCAUAUUGGCUGCCAUCUUGGAUUUUAUUUAAAAUUCGUUUUUGCUAUAAUUUGUCUUUGAAAAUUAAGUUUAAAGUAUGCUGUAAUCAAAUAUUUUUCUUUUUUUGGAACUAUUCUAUGUGUAAUUUUUUUUUACAAAGAAAGUAACGCUCAUUUUUCUCAGAAGUGGCUUAGCCUUAUGCUAUUUAUGACGUCAUAUCUUGCUAUUAUAGCAACCUUCCAUCACCAAAUUUGAACGGAAUUUGCCCUAGGAAUAAAAUGAGCAGUUACUGGAAAGAAAAGGCUUUGGUUGAAAAUCCGCUUUUUGAAAAUAUUGGGCAAAACCUGUGCGCUUCUACCAAUUCAAUUGAUGUUAAGUUUCAAGUUCUAAAUCUUCAAUCUCUUUCUUGCUCUUAAUUUGUUUUGACAGAGAAGAACAAGAAAGAGAUUAGAAUGAAGAAACAGAAAUAGAAGAGAAAAGACAGGGCUUUAAAGGACCAGACAGAGUAAACUGAAGCAGCUAAUAUACAGAAAAUUAGAUCAACAAAAUAAAACAACUUUUGAGAAACAAGGGGGUCAAGUAAAUAUAUUACUUAAAGUAACAGACCGAUAAGAAGAUGAGAAAUAAAUCAAGAGUUGAAGAAACUGAAAAAAAGAGCAGUGAACUUAUAGUUUAUGUCCGAGUUAAAUAAACUUGCAGGUAGAUUUAUUUACAAAGGAUGCUGGGAAAAAAAGAAGGGAGUAAUAGAAGGGUUUAAAAAGUAAAGAAAAAAAAAACACUGAAACAAAUUUUGGUUUGGUUUUCUUGAUUGUUUUGUUGUUUUUUUUGUCUGUUUUCCCUAAUUUUCGUAUUUUGACUCUUGACUCUAAACAUGGCCAAAGAAAAAUGAUUACAAAAACAUUCAACUUUCAUUUGUAAAAUCCUAAGAAAUAUUUGAUUAAUCUAUGCAAGACUCUCAUAAAAAAGUUCCAUUGAAAUAGUGACACUUCAGGGCUUCGUCCUCAAAUUUAAGAGUUGGAGUAUGAAAAUAUCACGCCAUAAUGUGGUCUAGGAAUAAAGGGGUUAAUUGUUUUUUAAAUAUUUAUUUCAUUUAACACUCCACUUUACCUGCCCUCGAUCAGCAACAGUGCUGCUUUCCAUGGUAGAAGUUAUAGUUUCUCUUCUUUGUCAUCUUUGUUCCUUGAAAAUAUUUUAUGCAUAAUAUCAUUUGUUCAUAUUUUUCCUCUUUCAGCGUUUCCAGGCUCUUCCAAAUAUCUUCGUCACUGUUCGUCACCAUGUUCUUAAAAGACCUCAAGACGCUUUGGCCCUGUGGGUAGAUGACUUGCGCAAGGACAGUUUUAAACUCUGCGCCAGAGAAGUUAAGAGUUUUGACGGAAUUCACAAAAAUAUCAAAGUCGUAAGUAAUAAUCUAGAUAAUUGCUUUCUUCGAAAACUAAUUGUUUUGUUAGUAGUGGAGUCUUUUGGAACUAAGUAGAAUUGCGCGAACUCUUAACCACAGAACGAAUUUUAUGCACUGUCAUGUUGGUGUUUUCAUUAACACCAAUAUAGAUUGUUUUUCGCACAAAACAGUACGCAAAACACUACAAUAGCUUAUUCAAAAUUGCCAAGGCUCAGUAUCGUCAUACCUUGUAACCGUAGCAACUUUUUUCAACAAAAUUUGUAAAAAUGUGCCUAGGAAGAAAUAAACGUUUAAUGAAAACGGUGAAGCUCGAUUACUUUUCUAUCUCAUCAAUUCCCCACCCCCUUCUUGUGCAUUUGAGAGCAAAACAAAAAUUAAAUAAGUGGCGUUGUUGGGUACCCUUGCUUUGCUUUCUUCUUGGUUUGAAAGCAUAAUGACAGUAACAACAAGUGUUACAUUUAUAGGCUCAAAAUUCUUGCUUCAUAUCUUUACCUCUUCCCUGCAGGAUUGGAUGGCUUUUACCAAAUUGAAGACUGACAAUUUCACCUUGACUGAUAGUCUCGUGUUUACAAACAACAACUCACCAUCAAACAAACAGGACAACGACGCUAUUUGCCAGGUAGUGCCAUUUGACUCGUGUUUUAAGGCUUGCCUCAACCAAUUUGUGGGCUUUAAUUUCAAGUACAAACAUUUUUCUCAUCUUCACUUAGUAAGCAGUUUGAUUCUAUCUGAUGCGGUUUUUCAUUGUCUGUCUAAGUCACGUGACUGGCACUGGCCUUCUAACCGUCAAAAUGUUUCACCGACCAAGUUAAGAGGCUUAGUCAAACUGUAUUCUCCUUAUUUUAUCGUUUUUGUAUGGCUUAUAGCCAGAGCUUUAGAGAGCCAGCUUUUAAUUAUGUCCAUGUAAGUUUUGUCGGAAACCGUCAAUUAAGAGUCAAGUCACGUGACUUAACAAACAUACUAGGAACUGAUAAAGCAUAGAAUGAAUACCGUCUUAAAAGGCAGAAUGGUGUUAACAAACAUCAUCUUUAGACCAUUUUGACGUCUAAAAUUUUCGAAUGCUUGAUAUGCAAAUGUAUCCAAUUUAAAGAAACACGUUUUGUGACGUCAUCAGGAGAUAGAUAAUAUCUUUGAAUAUAUUGUAUCCUUUCAAAAGACAAAGUUCAAUUUUCCACAGGUAUUUAGUUGGUAUGAGAAAUGAGAUAAUGGAUGUUAAGAUAGUUUUUCUUGGAAAGUGAUUACCUAUUUCUUAUGCUAUUUUUUUUAUUCUUGGUUUCAGAAAGUCAAGUUCCAGGAUGCUUUUUAUGCCCCUCCGGUUGUAGUGGUGUCUCCUAGACUUGGUUACAAUAACAACAAAUCACGUUUCUCGGGAUCUGCACCAUGCAACUUAGUUACUGCCUGGGUUGAGGUUAGAAACAUAUAGUCUGCCUAUUCUUCCUGUGGUUCUAAUAGGGAGAAUUUGUUUAAAAGUAAAGAAAUGUUGUUUUUACCGUUGUCCUUAUACUCACGUUAAAAACUUAGAUUUUUCCAACGACGUUUUGCGGGGUAUGUAAAAGGAAUGAAGGCUAUUUAACUGGUUUCACAUUUUCAUAUAAUUAUGAUAGUACAUUAAGCUAUUUUAACGAAUAAUAAAACCAGGCUUUCCGCAAAGGAAACGUUCUUAAGAUAUUUUGUGCAGACUCUUAAGAUAUUUUGUGCUUUGGAAACUGAUCAUUUUUAUAGUUUUGUACUCGUUUUGUUCUUUAAAACAAAGGUGUAAGAUCUAACAGGUUCUUAACAAUUCAGUAUACGCGAUUUCUUACUCUUCUUGCACUAACCCUUGGUUUAACCAUCAAUAAAUCGACAAGUCAGUUGAAAUUUGAAAACAAAAAGUAUUGUAUGACUUUUUUGUUUUACUAACAUACAUUGAACAGGUUUACUCUAGUUCAACAAAAUGCUAUAUUUUGUGACAUGUGAACUUAAAGUAUUUCUUUCGCUGUUUUGGAAUAUGCUUAGAAUACGUCUACAAACGAAACAGAAGUGUGUGUGAGAAGCUACAACAAUGACGAAAACGAUAAGGAUAUCAUAAAGGUCGAUUAUAUGGUAAUUGGAGGUACGUAAUAAAUUAUGUAAUGUAAAAUAACGUAACAGCAAUGACUUUUAUCUGUAGACAAUCACGGUGCUCUCCUAACAAUAACAAUAACAUAAUAGUGAUUGCCUGGACAAUACUAAAAUACAUAUGUUUAAUUUCGAUCAAAUUUUAUCCUAAAUUGAAGUUUUUUUUUCCUUUGUUUCAAAUCAGUCAGGUUAUACAUUACCAAGCUCCAAAACAAAAGAAAGUGAGAUUAAAAGCUAGGUUAAAAUUCAGCAAUAUACGACAUAUGUGGAACCGCUCAUGUGCUUUAGGCUGUGGUCACAUUAUACUGGAUAACGAAAAGCUAUACUGUAUAGUAUAGUGUGUGAACACCAACAUGUAUCCAACAUGUGACUCUCGACUAUAGAGAUCGGCGAGGCACAGCCUCUCUUUGUCACAACCGCAACAACCGCAAUCACGCCGCAACAACCGUUUUUUUUUGUGUGAACAGAAGCCCUACUCGAUAUGAUUUUGGUGGCGG